AUAAUUCAUAUUGAAGUUGAUGUCGGCUUGUUCACAUAAAAGAAAGCUGUCCUUACUCCUUAGCUUUGCUUGCUUGCUUUGUAUGUUCUGCUUUUUGUUCUGAUUUCUUCAGCGACAACUCAGGUUUUCGUCCAACUUCUUCUUCUCUCUCUCCUACCCCAAAAGCCAGACUCCUUUCCUUUCUUUUUCGUUUCUGCUUCCAUAAUUUUUUCUCAGCUUUCUCUCUCAAAUUUUUCAUUAUCUCUCGGUGGCUUGGCUUAUUGGGUCACCCCUCGGUGUCUGUGGCUUCCCAAGUUGUCUGCUUUCUCAGAGGAUUUUGCAAUUCCUGAGCUUUUAGAACUUGGGUUGGAAUUGGAAUUUGAAUUGGAAUUGGGAUUUCUUCAGCUGCAGAAAUCUGAUUUCCAGGUUCAUUUUCUUUUUUGGGAUGGAAAUUUUUUUUCACUCUGGGUGAAAAUUUUGAGAGUUGUUAUUGGUUUGUCACUAAGCUUUGAGCUUUUAAGCUUUUGAAUCUUUGACUCUGAGCUCUCUCCAGCUAAGGAUUUGCUUUAUUAGUUGGUGAAGCUUCAUAAUUAACCGCUCAAGGACAUAGCUGGUAGUGUUGGGGUUAAAGAGUUGCUUGGAUUAAAUGUGAAUAGGCUGGCUGUUUGACUGACUUUGUAUUGGAGCAUCUACUUGAACCCAGUUCUUAAAGCCCUUGUUUGUAAUUGGGCAAAUGGGUUUCAGCUAGAAAGUGUUUAUGUCUUGUGGAACACACAACUGGUUAUUGAUUUUCUUCUUCAGAGCUUGAUUGGUUCAUAUCUAUCAUCAGCAUGAAGGUUCCCCAAAAUGGGUUUCUUCCAAAUUCUGGAGAAGGAGAGAAGAAGAGUAUUAAUUCAGAGUUAUGGCAUGCUUGUGCUGGACCUCUGGUUUCUUUGCCUCCAGUUGGAAGUCUUGUAGUUUACUUCCCUCAAGGCCACAGUGAGCAAGUUGCAGCAUCUAUGCAAAAGGAGACUGAUUUCAUACCCAACUACCCGAACCUUCCUUCAAAGUUGAUUUGCAUGCUUCAUAAUGUCACACUGCAUGCGGAUCCUGAAACUGAUGAGGUCUAUGCACAGAUGACCCUUCAACCUGUAAACAAAUAUGACAAGGAAGCUCUACUGGCAUCUGACAUGGGCCUCAAGCAAAGUAGACAACCUGCUGAAUUCUUCUGCAAAACUCUUACAGCUAGUGACACUAGUACGCAUGGUGGAUUUUCAGUACCUCGUCGAGCAGCUGAGAAGAUCUUUCCACCUCUUGAUUAUUCAAUGCAACCUCCAGCUCAGGAGCUAGGAGCUAGAGAUUUGCAUGACAGUUCGUGGACAUUCCGGCAUAUUUAUCGCGGCCAACCAAAAAGGCAUCUGUUGACCACGGGUUGGAGUGUCUUUGUUAGCACAAAAAGGCUCUUCGCUGGAGAUUCUGUUCUUUUUAUAAGAGAUGAAAAAUCCCAGCUUCUCUUGGGUAUAAGGCGUGCUAAUAGACAGCAGCCAGCUCUCUCUUCAUCAGUCAUAUCUAGUGAUAGCAUGCAUAUUGGAAUUCUUGCAGCUGCAGCUCAUGCUGCUGCAAAUAACAGUCCAUUUACUAUAUUUUACAAUCCAAGGGCUAGCCCGUCUGAGUUUGUGAUUCCCUUAGCCAAGUAUAACAAAGCAAUGUAUACUCAAGUUUCUCUUGGCAUGCGAUUUAGAAUGAUGUUUGAGACUGAGGAGUCAGGGGUACGGAGAUACAUGGGUACAAUUACUGGUAUCAGUGAUUUAGAUACUGUGCGAUGGAAAAAUUCUCAGUGGCGUAACCUUCAGGUCGGAUGGGAUGAAUCAACAGCUGGUGAACGGCCAAGCCGAGUUUCAAUCUGGGAAAUUGAACCUGUUGUAACUCCUUUCUACAUAUGUCCACCUCCAUUUUUCAGACCCAAGUUUCCAAGGCAACCAGGGAUGCCAGAUGAUGAGUCUGACAUAGAGAAUGCUUUCAAGAGAGCCAUGCCCUGGCUUGGAGAUGAGUUUGGCAUGAAGGAUGCCCCUAGCUCAAUCUUUCCUGGUUUGAGUUUAGUACAGUGGAUGAGCAUGCAGCAAAAUAAUCAGUUUUCAGCUGCUCAAUCUGGACUUUUCCCAUCAAUGGUUUCUUCAAAUGGCUUGCAUAAUAACCUUAAUGCUGAUGAUCCAUCUAAAUUAUUGAGUUUUCAAGCCCCUGCGAUGUCUGCAUCAAAUCUCCAAUUUAACAAAGCAAAUCCACAAAACCAGGUUAGCCCAUUGCAACAGUCACCUGUUGCAUGGCCCCAACAGCAGCAUCUGCAGCAAUUAUUACAGAAUCCUAAUAGCCAACAGCAGCAGCAGCGGCAGAUGCAACAUCAAGAACUACAUCAGCUGUCCCAGCAGCAGCAGCAGCAGCAGCAAGUACAGCAACAGCAGCCACAACAGCAACAACGACAACUGCAGCAACAACAACAGCAGCAGCAGCAGCAGCAGAUAUGUCAUCCAGCUCUUGUAAACAAUGGUGUAGUUGCCCCUAACCAGAUCCCAAAUCAAAGCUUGCAGCAACCAGUUGCAUACUCUCAGCUUCAACAACAGCAAAUACUCACAGGCAAUACCCAAUCACAGCAGAGUAUCAACUCUAAUAGUAAAAGUUCAUUGCACAUGACAUCCCUACCACUAGACUCACAGUUUCAACAACAAAUUGAACCGCAAUCAAAUCUCUUACAAAGGCACCAGCAGCAGGCACAGUUACAACAGUCCCCACUACCGUUGUUGCAACAAAGCCUGUCACAGCGAGCACAGCAGCAGCCACAAAUGCAACAGUUGUCACAACAAUGCCUUUCAGAGCAGCAGCUUCAAUUUCAGCUGCUACAGAAAAUGCAACAGCAACAGCAGCAGCAGCAGCAGCAACAGCAUCAGCAUCAGCAUCAGCAAUUGCUUUCCCCAGCAAGCCCAAUUUUGCAGCCUCAGCUGCUACAGCAACAGCAGCCCAAUCAGCAAAACCAGCAAGUACAACAGAUUCCUUUGUCUCAACAUCAGCAACAACAACAUCAACAUCAACAGCUAAGCAGCACUAGCUUCUCAACAGAAAAGCUUCUCAAUGGUAAUAGCUUCUCAACUGCUGCACUGAUGCAAUCACAACAGAUUCCUGUGAACCGGCCCCAAAGCCAGCACAAGCCACUUACAGCAAUCAGAGCUCAUUCUGGUCUUACAGAAGGAGAUGCUCCUUCGUGUUCAACCUCACCUUCCACUAAUAAUUGCCAGGUUUCCCCAUCCAACCUUCUGAAUAGAAACCAACAAGGAUCAGCCAUGUUGGUGGGGGAUUCAUUAAUCGAGCCACCAAGUAAUCUGAUUCAGGAGCUGCAGAGCAAGUCUGAUAUACAGAUUAAACAUGAGUUGCCCUGCUCAAAAGGACCAGACCAGAUAAAAUAUAAAAGUACCAUCACUGAUCAGUUGGAAGCAUCCUCUUCAGGGACAUCAUAUUGUCUGGAUGCUAGCAUCCCGCAGAACUUCCCAAUCCCAACCUUUGGUUUAGAGGGUGAUGUUCAAUCACAUCCUCGGAACAAUCUUCCUUUUGCAACUAAUAUUGAUGGGUUGGCACCUGACACUUUGUUGUCAAGGGGGUAUGAUUCUCAAAAGGAUCUUCAGAACUUGCUUUCUAAUUAUGGUGGUACUCCAAGAGAUAUUGAGACAGAGUUAUCCACUGCUGCAAUCAGCUCUCAGUCAUUUGGGGUGCCAAACAUACCUUUCAAGCCUGGAUGUUCAAGUGAUGUUGCUAUCAAUGAUGCUGGAGUUUUGAGCAACGGAUUGUGGGCUAACCAGACUCAACGUAUGCGAACAUAUACAAAGGUUCAAAAGCGUGGCUCUGUGGGAAGAUGCAUUGAUGUUACCCGUUACAAAGAGUAUGAUGAGCUCAGGCAUGAUCUUGCCCGCAUGUUUGGAAUUGAAGGGCAGCUAGAAGAUCCUCAACGGACUGACUGGAAACUUGUUUAUGUGGAUCAUGAAAAUGAUAUUCUUCUUGUUGGGGAUGACCCAUGGGAGGAAUUUGUAAGCUGUGUUCAAAGCAUAAAGAUAUUGUCGUCUGCUGAAGUACAGCAGAUGAGCUUGGAUGGAGAUCUGGGUCAUGUUCCAGUGCCCAACCAAGCUUGUAGUGGGACUGACAGUGGUAAUGCAUGGAGACCAUAUGAGGAUAAUUCUGCUGCAUCAUUUAAUCGAUAAAGUUCCAUAAUUGGGGAUGAACUGGUUUUCAGGCGCAGGUUUGGAUUCUAUAAUCCUUUCGAGAAUCUAGUUGGCUUCUUCCAGCUCUAAUGGAAGAUGUCAAAGGAGCCUCCAUUGCCUCCCUCUUUCCUAAUAGAAGUAGUUGUUUGGUAGCAGGGGAUAUAUUGUGAAUCAUGACAGCAGAGAAACAAAAAUGUUAUUGAUCUUCCUCCCAUAAACAAAACACCAAAUUCUACCGGGGGAAUUUGUUUUAGACGAAGUGGUACUGGGUGACCUAGAGCCCAAUGUAGCAACAUUUAUUCUACUCUUGAUCGUUGCAGCCACUUUUGUAGCUGCUGUUGCCUGUUAGCCCAAAUGGGCACUUUUUUUAAGCAAGAUGCAUUAGGAAAAAGUAGAUGGUGUAUGAUAUAGUCCUUAACCUAUUAAUUUGACAUUCAAUUUCAUGGCUAUUUGUAUAUGCUAAGAUAGAGACAAAUAUGCAACAAAAUGUGAAGUAAUAGUUGUUGUAUGAGUAUGACUCUCAAGCAGAUAUGAAAUGAUGCACCUUUUGGUGCCAUUUCUAAGUUUUGUAACCA